ACUGCACUUUCAGUGGCCCCUCCCAGACCAAAGAAACAGACUCCGUUCCGGGCUUUAGGACGCAGAUUAACCUCCUCUGGACCAGGAGCGCCGACCCAGAUCCCACUACCUCCAUGAACGCCGCAGACAGGAUGGGGGCCAGGGCGGUGCUGCUGCUGCUACUGCUGGUGCUAGGCUCGCCCCAGUCGGGGGUGCACGGGGAGGAAGGGCUGGACUUCCCCGAGUACGACGGUGUGGACCGUGUAGUCAAUGUCAACGCAAAGAACUACAAGAACAUAUUCAAGAAGUAUGAGGUGCUGGCGCUCCUCUACCACGAGCCCCCCGAGGAUGACAAGGCCUCGCAGAGACAGUUUGAGAUGGAGGAGCUGAUCCUGGAGUUAGCAGCCCAAGUCCUGGAAGACAAGGGUGUCGGCUUCGGGCUUGUGGACUCUGAGAAGGAUGCAGCUGUGGCCAAGAAACUAGGACUAACCGAAGAAGACAGCAUUUAUGUGUUCAAAGGAGAUGAAGUCAUUGAGUACGACGGCGAGUUUUCUGCUGACACCCUGGUGGAGUUUCUCCUUGAUGUCCUAGAGGACCCCGUAGAACUGAUUGAGGGUGAACGGGAGCUGCAGGCAUUUGAGAACAUUGAGGAUGAGAUCAAACUCAUUGGCUACUUCAAGAACAAAGACUCAGAGCAUUACAAAGCUUACGAGGAAGCGGCUGAGGAGUUUCAUCCCUACAUCCCCUUCUUCGCCACCUUCGACAGCAAGGUGGCGAAGAAGCUGACCCUGAAGCUGAACGAGAUCGAUUUCUAUGAGGCUUUCAUGGAAGAGCCUGUGACCAUCCCAGACAAGCCCAACAGCGAGGAGGAGAUUGUCAGCUUCGUGGAGGAGCACAGGAGGUCGACCCUGAGGAAGCUGAAGCCUGAGAGUAUGUAUGAGACUUGGGAGGACGAUAUGGAUGGAAUCCACAUUGUGGCCUUUGCAGAGGAAGCCGAUCCUGAUGGCUACGAAUUCUUAGAGAUUCUCAAGUCUGUGGCCCAAGAUAACACUGACAACCCCGACCUGAGCAUCAUCUGGAUUGACCCUGAUGACUUCCCUCUGCUGGUCCCAUAUUGGGAGAAGACAUUCGACAUCGAUCUGUCAGCUCCACAAAUAGGAGUCGUCAAUGUUACUGAUGCGGAUAGUGUGUGGAUGGAGAUGGACGACGAGGAGGACCUGCCUUCCGCGGAGGAGCUGGAGGACUGGCUGGAGGACGUGCUGGAGGGCGAGAUCAACACAGAGGAUGACGACGAAGACGAUGACGACGACGAUGAUGACUAGUUGCUGUGGCAGCUGCCUUCCAGCCCCACCUGUUAUCCUCAAGCUCCUUCUACCUUCCUGUCCUUCCCUGAGCUCCUCGAGGGACACUUGGUCAUUCUCUGCCAUUGGGCCAACUGGGGUCCUUAGGCUGGGUGCUGAGACCUUGAUCCCCCUCAGCUGAUGAGGAAAGGAGCGACUUUUCCCUGGAUCCCAGCCGAGCUCCCUCACCCUUGAUUCUUAUUCCAUAACUUACCUGUCGCUAUUAUCUGUGUCUUCCAUUGCUCCCCACACUCUCCCUUGUGAUGCUCUUCUUAGCAUAGCUAUGGGCCCUUCCCCCACCCUCUUCUUUCCCCUUCAUCAAUGCACAGCCUUCUCCUCCUCUCUCCAAUCCUAUAUCCUCUCAGUGCCCUGAGACCUGGCCAGGAGGAAGGGAGGGCACUGUGUUUGGGGCUGUAGCACGGUAAUCUCUCGUUAAUGUAUUUGGGUCAAAUGCAAGGCCUUAAUAAAAAGAU